AUGGCUCUUACUCAGGGACCUUUGACAUUCAAGGAUGUGGCCAUAGAAUUCUCUCAGGAGGAGUGGACGUGCCUGGACCCUGCUCAGAGGGCUUUGUACAGGGACGUGAUGUUGGAGAAUUACAGGAACCUGGUCUCCGUGGGAGUCUCUCUUCCUGACCUGACUAUUAUCUCUAUAUUGGAGCAAGGGAAAGAGCCAUGGACUGUGGAGAGCCAAGCGAAAGUAGCGAGAAACCCACAUAGGGGGAAAUGGAUCAAAAGUGUGAACACAGAUAUCUCUUCUAAAUGUUUGAUCAAGGAAUUACUACCAAUAGAGAACUGUAAUACAGGAGAAAAAUUCCAAACAGUGAUGUUGGAAAGACAUGAAAGCCAUGAUGUAGAUUUUUACUUCAGGAAAAUGCAGAAAAAUAUACAUGACUUUGAGUUUCAGUGCAGAGAUGGUGGAAAAAAUUAUAAAGGAGUGCCAAUGACCCAUAAAAAAAAUCUCACUGGUAAAAGAGAUGGACAUGAUCCAGGACAUGCAGAAAAUAAGCCUGUUCAAAAUCAGCUUAGAUUAAGCUUUCAAUCAAAUCUGGCUGAACUGCAGAAAUUCCAAACUGAAGGGAAAAUUUAUGAAUGUAAUCAAAUUGAGAGGACAAUUAACAGUGGUUCCUCAGUUUCACCACUUCAAGGAGUUCUUCCUAGUAUCCAAACCAACAUUUCAAGUAAAGGUGGGAAUGAUUUUAUGCAUCCUUCAUUACUCACACAAAACCGGAAAACACACAUUAGGGAAAAACCUUACAAAUGUAACGAGUGUGGUAAAGCCUUUCAUCGGAACUCACUACUCACUAUACAUCAGAUAAUCCAUACAGGAGGGAAACCAUACCAAUGUGAUAUAUGUGGCAAGGUCUUCAAUCAUAAUUCAAAUCUUGUAAAUCACAGAAGAAUUCAUACUGGAGAGAAACCAUACAGAUGUAAAGAAUGUGGAAAGUCCUUUAUUCAAAGUUCCAACCUUGUAAUUCAUCAGAGAAUUCAUACUGGAGAGAAACCUUACAGGUGUAAUGAGUGUGGCAAAGCCUUUAAACGGGGCUCAUGCCUCACUACACAUCAGAUAAUCCAUUCAGGAAAGAAACCAUAUAAAUGUGAUGUAUGUGGCAAGGUCUUCAGUCAAACCUCACAUCUUGCAAAGCACCGGAGAAUUCAUACUGGAGAGAAACCAUACAGAUGUAAUGAAUGUGGCAAGGUCUUUAGUCAAAAUUCACAUCUUGCAAGGCAUCGGAGAAUUCAUACCGGAGAAAAACCUUACAAAUGUAAUGAAUGUGGCAAAGCCUUUAAUCUGGUGUCGUUACUCACUAGACAUCAGAUAAUUCAUACCAGAGAGAAACGUUACCAAUGUAAUGAAUGUGGCAAGGUCUUCAGUCACAACUCAUCCCUAGCACGUCAUCGGGGAAUUCAUACUGGAGAAAAACCUUACAAAUGUAAUGAGUGUGGCAAAGCUUUUAAUUGGUGGUCACUCCUCACUAGACAUCAGAUAAUCCAUGUCAGAGAGAAACCAUAUAAAUGUGAUGUAUGUGGCAAAGUGUUCAGUGAAAGUUCACGCCUUGAAAGACAUCUGAGAAUUCAUACUGGGGAGAAACCUUACAAAUGUAAUGAGUGCGGCAAGGUCUUCAGUUACAGUGCAAACCUUUCAAUUCAUAGAAGAAUCCAUACUGGAGAGAAACCUUUUAAAUGUAAUGAAUGUGGCAAGGUCUUCAGUUACUACUCAUGCCUAGCACGUCAUCGGAGAAUUCAUACUGGAGAGAAACCUUACAAGUGUAAUGAUUGUGGCAAAGCCUAUAGUGAGCGUUCAAGCCUUACUAAACAUCAGGUAAUCCAUACUGAAGAGAAAUCUUACAAUUGCAAUGAAUUUGGCAAGGCUUUUGUGCAAAGUUCAAAACUUGUAAGAUAUCACAGAAAUUUUACUGGGGAGAAACCACACAAAUGCAGUGAAUGUGGUAAAACUUUUAUUCAUAGGGCCAGCCUGGUUUACCAUCAGAGAAGACAUACUGGAGAAAUGCCAUACAAAUGUAUAGAAUGUGGCAAGGUCUUCAAUUCCACUUCAAACCUUGCAAGUCAUCGGAGAAUUCAUACUGGAGAGAAACCGUACAAAUGUAAUGAAUGUGGCAAGGUCUUCCGUCAUCGCUCACCCCUAGCACGUCAUCGGAGUAUUCAUACUGGAGAGAAACCUUAUAAAUGUGAUGAGUGUGGCAAAGCCUUUAGAGUGCGUUCAAUCCUCGUUAACCAUCGGGUAAUGCAUACUGGAGAGAAACCUUAUAAAUGUAAUGAAUGUGGUAAAACUUUUAUCCAAAGGUCAAAGCUGGUGUACCAUCAGAGGAAUCAUACUGGAGAGAAGCCAUACAAAUGUACUGAAUGUGGAAAGGCCUUUGGACAGUGGUCCUACCUCAAUAAACAUAAAAGAAUUCAUUCUGGAGAAAAACCUUAUAAAUGUCACGAGUGUGGCAAAUCCUUUAUUAGCCGCUCAGGCCUCUCUAAACAUCAGAUAAAACAUACUAGAGAGAACCUUCCAAAUACACUGAAUUUGACAAGGCCUUUAGACAUUCCCACAGGUCCUGUCUACCGUGGGGAGAAGCAAGAAGUGAAUGAAAAGAGGAGGUUCCAGGACCUAGAAAUCAUCAUUUCUGGGGACACCCUUGACCAGUGA